CGCCGUCAGUUGAGACACAAGCGCCGGUCAACCUACCCGCAAGUCUGGAAAUAAAACGAGACCAUUUCGGUUUUCAAAGCUUGUGACAUAUAAGUACAAACAAAAUAUAUAUUGUGAUAUUGUUAUAAAAAAAAGUUUACCAUAAUGUGACGUAGAUGUGAAAGUGUUGGAUCUAGUCCAAGUGUAUAGUGAACCUGCCUUUUUACAAGGAAUCGCACUUUUGAGAUUGCUGUGAAACGAUGACUCAUAAGCGCAUUAAAAGAUGAACAAUGGUCAAAGAAGAGCCCUAACAGGCUCGAUACAUAAAAUUAGGGAAUUUGAAUUGGAAAAAGUAUGCUUGGUUGAAGAAUUCGAUAUAUUACAAAUAGUUGGUGAAGGAUGGUUUGGGAAAAUUCUUUUAGUGGAACACAGAGCGUCUGAUACAGAAAUAGUUUUAAAAGCCUUGCCAAAGCCUUACGUAGCUAUAAGAGAUUUUUACAGGGAAUUCCAUUAUGGCUUACAUUUGAGUGCACAUAAAAACAUAGUCACUACAUUCGAUGUCGCCUUUGAGACUGCUGGAUUUUAUGUUUUCUGUCAGGAAUAUGCUCCUUUAGGUGAUUUAACUUCAAAUAUGCUCGACACAGGGAUAGGAGAAAUUCAUACUAAAAGAGUGGCAAAACAAUUAGCUGCCGCUUUAGAGCAUUUACACCAGAGGGAGCUUGUGCACCGUGAUGUAAAGUUAGAUAAUAUUCUGAUAUUUAAAUCGGACUUCUCAAGGAUAAAACUAUGUGAUUUUGGAGAAACGAGAAAAGUACAGUCAGUCGUCAGAAGAAGGAACGAAUGGUUGCCGUAUUCGCCUCCAGAAGUUUUGAGACUGUCGAUGGACAUAACCUACAAAGCUCUAAUAACACAUGAUAUAUGGCAAUUCGGAAUCGUUAUAUUCAUAUGCCUUACUGGUUGUUUGCCCUGGCAGAAAGCCGCUUUCGACGAUCCACGGUAUUAUAGCUACUACAACUGGUAUAACAGUGCCAAUCCUCUGAAAAGGCAACCAAAAUUGUGGAAAAUGGUCUCUUCAAAGGCACAAAAAAUGUUUAAAAAAUUUGUUGAACCUAGAAUAGAAAAGAGAGCAACAAACUUUGCUGAAUUAUCUCGGUUCUAUGAUGACCGAUGGAUGGCCAAAGGGUAUACGGAUCGAGUUGCUGGAGGAGACAUUGACGAACUCUGCCCAUCAAUGUACAGUUUUCACAGUGACCCUAAUGAAAAAAAUGUACUGCUAAAACAUUUCAGAGACAAUGGUAUUGAAACUACUGUUGAUCGACAGGCUAAAAAACAAAGAAUACGGGAAUGGAUACAAAACAGUGUGAUCGAAGAAGCAGAUGAAGAGGACGAAAAUACGUGUGAGCCUAGCGCCUAUGAUGACAGUGACGUAGAGUUAGAAGAUAGAUCACGACCUCACCCUAUUGACGAAAGCCAUACAAAAAUAUCUCUGCGUUACGAUACCGAAAAACAUAUCAAUCCAAGGACAGGAGAAAUCAUUGAUGGCGUCAACCGACCAGUAGAUAAAAAUCCCCUUUCUUAUGAUGUUCAAAAUUUAGAACCAGUGGCACCAGCAAAUGUAAUCCGAAGAUAUGGCGUGAAAGAAGCGUCUUUAUCACACAGUUCUACAAAAGAUAGUGCUUAUGGAUCAAUUGAGACAUCAACAAAAAAUACUAAUACCAAAACAGACAGAUAUUCAUCACCCGUUGAUAAGAUUUCAAAUAAUGCCCCAAGUCGAUCAUUAAGUUCAUCAUCACUUCAGCAUAAAUCUCCUUCUGUUAGUACUUUAUCAACUCACGCCCAAAGGUUUCAAAAAAGUGAAGAGGUAUUUUCAAAAGAACUGGAAAGCACGAGAGAUAGCACUUCUACACUACAUUCUAUAGGCAAUUCUUCCAAAUCCAAUAGUGUUCAGGUGACACGAAACAGUUCUCUGGACAGCAAUAAGAAUGUUAAUGAUGUGCUGAAGGAAUCUGAAAAUACUAAUUAUACUUCAAACCUUAACAAUCCUGUUAUUACACAAAAUGGAUUUAGUCCUGGCAAUCAAGAUAUAUCGAACAAACAAGAAAGACAGUAUAUCUCUAUGAAAAGUUCGGCUUACGAAAAUAUCAGUACACGGAAUGAAUUAAUGAAAUAUCAAAAAUUAGAAAAUAAUUCACAAAAUGAAAAUUACCAGCCCAUAGAAAGUCCCUAUACUUCAAUGUUAAAUAUAGUUCAAGGGCAAAUGAAAAUCAGUCCACAUGCCAAAGAAACUAAUAGAAAUACUGUUAAUGUUUCAGUAACACAAGUUAGCCGCAAAACUAAAACUUAAUUUUGCUCAAUUUAUUUAUAAUGUAUAUUUUUUACGUUUAGUAUUUACAGUCCAAAUUACCUUAAACCUUAUAUUUUAUAUAAAAACGUAGAAGUAAGUUUAAGACCUAAGGAUAAGAUCAUGGUUAAAUUAACAUAAAAGAAUAAUAUUAUUCGGUUAACGUAAUCUGUAUAAGCUGAAGUAAAAGUAGCUUAAAAACGACUGUAUAGGAACUGUCAAACAAAUUUUCAGUAAGGAGGAAGGACACAUAAAAUCAAUGUUUUUUUACACUGUAGUAGUAAGAAGAUAGUCAUGACAAACCUAGUCUAAAAGGGUUCUAAAAGCGAAUAAAAGCGACCAAAGAAGAAACGGCACCAGAGUGUAUAUACACUACACACUACAGUGUCACUACAGUUGGGUACAAUAUUUAGUAAUCAUAUUAUAUUUAAAUUAAAAUAUAGUUAGCUACCAAUAUAUAUAUAUUUUACUAUAGCAGAAAAUAUUCGCUACAUAUGCGGAUUAUUACGGUAUGAAACCUAUGAUGUUUAAAGGUUACUGUACAAAUAAACAAUACAUGUGUCAAAA